CUUUCACUUCGCCGCCGUUCCACCGCUUGCUCUGUUGGUUGCCAUUUUGGUCUUUCUCAUCAAUCAUUGCCCCUUCGCACUAUCACAUGUCUGCUCUUUGCCCAGUGUUUCCCCUUUCAGAGAUUGCCGAUGGUCGCCCAUAAGCUUUUACUUGAUCUCAAGGAUACAGAUGGUUUGCAGACUGCUUUGAAGCUUCGUCUGCUGCAUGCGUGGGGCUCUUACGGUUUGAAGAACCCUGCUCUUAUCUACAAUUACUGCACACUUUGGACUGAUGAGGAGGGUACUUUGAUCCAGGGGCUCGCUCCUGCUAGUCUUAUGCAGCAUUUUGCGCCUAUCCUGCAGCUUGGAGCUGUCUACAUGAUCAGCAACUUUACUGUCCAGCCACAGUCUCCGGUUUAUCGCCCCUGCUCUCAUCACCUUAGUAUUCUCCUCUCACCUAACACUAUGUUCGAAGAUCUUACGGCUGAAUCGCCUGAUUUCUGGGAUGAUUCGUUUGAAUUUGCUUCGUUUGCCUCUUUGCACUCACGAAUUCGAUCGUCUGUCAACCUUACAGAUGUUGUUGGCGUUGUUGUCAGCGUGACUGGUGUUUCCAACUCCGUUACUUCUUUUGGCGAAACUGUGCGUCGGGAAGUGGUUCUUCAGAAUGAAAGUCACAUGCUUCUUGAUAUUACUCUGUGGGGUGAAAUUGCUCGGUCUGUGGAUGGUGAGGAAUUGGCUCACAUUGGUCAUGCUGGAUCGGUGGUGCUUGGUGUUUGUGCCCUGCGGGUCACUGGCGCCACUAAGGGAGGUUUCUCUUUAUUCAGCACACCCGGAACACGCUGUGUGCUCGAACCAGUGUGUGAACAGACCCAUGUGCUCCAUUCUGCGUUCUUUGCUGGUACCAACACAGUUCAGUACUAUCCUCCUCGGUUUUCAACCCCAGGCGAAGCAAUUGCAUUCAAGGAAAGCUGUACGAAAAGUGUAUCGGAACUCCUUGAACUUUGCAGCCCAACGGUCGGUGAUGCUACGCGCUAUCAUUGUGCUGAUGAAAUCAUAUCCAUAGAGUCUGAGCGUCCGUGGUACUACUUAGGGUGCUCAUCGUGUUCCAAGGCUGCUAAACCUUAUGAAAUGCCUGACUAUUGGUGCGAAGACCAUCGUCGUAUACCACCUGAACAAACACAGAAUUGCUAUAAAGUUCGCAUGAUUGUGGAGGAUACUACUGCUACUGGUACCUUUGUUCUGCUUGGUAAAUCGCAUGAUGCUCUUUUGGGGGGCUCGGCUCCUGAACUUUCUGCACGCUUUCCUCACCAACGUGGCCAUCUGCCACCUGAACUUUUGGCUCUUGAAGGGAGGCGGUUUGUCUUUGAUGUCCAGCUUCCAAAACCAAUGUAUUUCGGACGGGGCCCGCCUGAAUUUACAGUCCUCUCUGUCGUAGAACAGAAUCAGCCUCCAGUGCCUCGCCCUUAGCAACGUCUGACACCGAGUGCAUCUGUUUCGACAACCCCACCUCGGUCCGUCAAUACUGUUUCCACUUCCCAUUCCUCGCCCAGCCAUGCACUGUCUCCUCCACUUGCACCACAACGGCCAUUGCCCGCCUCACCUUCCGUUGCUUCUGCAAGCGGAUCUGUCUCUGGGUUUGCAUCACCGGUGCAUGGGCCAAGAACAAGAAAUGUUAUGUUAGCUCCUUCUCCGUCACAUGCAACGUAUUCCAACAUUUCCUAUGCAAGGCCAAGAGAUGCGUUUGUGCCUUGUCCUCCUGCUUCACAGUCCCCAGAUAGGCCUACUGGAGUUUCGCAGACUCCUGUCUGCUCAACAAAGAGCGAUCGAAAGCGCUCAAGAAAAACAACUCCGCGCAAAGCUGAAGCUAAAUCAAGGCCUGAUGAAGUUUCGCAAGCUCCUGUCUGCUCACCAAAGAGCGAUCGGAAGCGGUCAAGGAAAACAACUCCACGCAAAGCCGAGCCUAAAUCAAGAGAGCGUUGUCAUUCGUCAGAAUCCGAUGAGGUCCAUCCAUUUCAUGCUGUUCGGAAGACUGCAAACCGUCCUGCCUGUUCGAGGGACAUUGAAUUUAGCCCCGUUCAAUAAGAAAGCUCGCCGAACCGGGCUCAUUCGAUUAGACGCCGACGGUUGGUUACUCAUUCAGGUCCAGUUGGUGCUCCUGCUGGUCCUGAUGUCAACAUUGACGACACUGGUGAACUGGAUGAUCCAGUUUCGGAUCAGGAUGGAUCGCCAGGUCAUGAGAAUUUUGUCUCUGCUUCGCUUGAUGAACCUCAUCUUGAUGCUUUGGAUACCCAGCCUUCCAUUACCGAAGCUUCCACUCCAUCCAGAGCACAGCGUGUUCGCACACCGUCGCGCAAGGCCAUUGAGUCAUCGGCGCAGGAAUCUGACAAAAAAAAUAACACCCCAAAGUCUUCGCGCAAGGAACGUGCCAAGAAGCAGCUUUUCACCAAUUAGCCUUCGCUUUCGUCGUUCGAUGUUACCCACCUUCUGCUACUUAAAUUGUACCUGAUUCCUGGAAUACUUUAGCUGCCUUGCUUGAAUGCUGGUUCUUCAUUUUGGUUUUGCGCUGGUCUCUGCUACUGUUGUACCUGCUUUUGCUGUCCCUUACUUUGUGGAAAGCCUGACAAGGUUUUCUAACUGACUCAUCUUGUGCCUGACCAGGGAUUAUGCCGCCGUUUAUGUUAUGUCAUGGACAUGCUUGACUGUCAAUGUUAUGGAGAUUUCUUUCGUUUA